AUGAAGCCCGCACCUCUUCGACUCUCUCCCAAGAGCAAAGAAACAGACGAAGCAUCAGGUGUUUUACAACAACAACCAGGUGCAAGCUUCAUCGAGAACGCAACAUCUACCGAUGAGUUCACUACGACUGAACAAUUCAACGACAAAUUGCCUAGACAUCCAACACAGCCGAAAACCCCGCCCUUGGCUGCUGUCGUAUCAAAGUUCGAGAUACUUGACAUAAUGACUGAUCUCGAGACACAAGCUACUGCCAGCCAUGGUGCGUCGAGCGUAGAAGUGCCUCGUUCGCCAGCCGAGAACCGCGCUGUCCGUAAGGAGAUAGGUUUUUCGGUCAAAUCUGGUCCUGCAAAGGAAUCUCCACCUGGGCCAGGCUAUGAAGAAGUGGUGGAGUUACAGUCAAUCCCAAGCCCGAGCCAGAUCUCACCUCGUCGGAGUCCGUCAUGCGAGCCCCAGAACAGCCUACAGACUGGAAUUCGAGCAGCUGUAGAACAAACAACCUACACUUUUGAUCCAUUUACUGGAGAGAGGCGGCCUAACAAAGCUGGAAGGUCAGCUGAUGGAAGACAGAGAAGUCUUGUAGCUGAAAGACGACAACUUUUUGAAGCUCCGAUGGGUAAGUAUGACACCCUAAGUAAUGCUGGUCUGCACGGAAUGCUGAUGGUCUGCGUAGGCGGCGUCAGGACAAACCUACCGCUGCCAACUUUCAGCAACUACGGUAUCACGCCACAGACACAGACACCUUGCUGUACACUUCCCCGGACUAAGACCUGGAAACUGAGGUCGAACGAUAUCGAAGCUCCUGAAGAUAGCCCUCAAGGUAGAGCAGAGCCACCUUUGGACCCAAGGCUUGUCAAUGCCGGUGACCAAACAAAAACGGCAGUGGAAGGAAGUUGGACCCGGAGCAUUUCGAAGAGCCUUGGGUAUAGCUUUGGCCAGAGAAGUCGUCCGACUCGCGAAAAAACGCAAACGGAGCAGAUCACCGUUUUUAGAGGACACAGAGACAGAGGGAAGCUCUUCGGGCUUUGGCCCCGAGCCAUGGAUGCCCUCCAUUCACGGGAUGCUUCGACCUCAAAUCUGGAGCAUGGAAUUGCCCAAGCACCAGACCGGCCAACGGAUCAGGUGGAUCUUGAGAUCUCCCAGUCCAUAAGCAGGGAUAGUACAAGGUCAUCGGUCCCGCAAUCAGAAUACUACGAAUCCAAAGAGAAGCUACAAACAGAACACGCAACUUCCAUGACGGGGUUACUGGAGUCUUCCGGAAAUGCAGCUAUCGUAACAGCGCAAAGCAAAGUGGCGAGUCUGAGAACGCUGUUUGAUGAAAGCGCCAACGAUACUGGUCCAAACAGCGGCUCGCGACUGAGGCGCAGUCACACUGGGCCAGCAAAUAGGUGGUCUGCUAACGGCAACUCACAGAUGGCCUUUCAGCCUGGCCAUGGACAACAGUUGCAAUAUGAAGCAUCCACGAAUGGGCCUGAGCGCGAGGCAGACGGUUUGAAAACCCACUCCGAGAAUCGAUUCGAAAGCCUGGGGUUCAAGCGUGGUCGCGAAGUCUGGCGGAAGAUUUCCGCAUCAUGGGAGAAAGGCAGGCUAGAAAAGGGCAAGAGAGAUGAAAAUGACCACUCAAAGCGCAAUGUGACCAAGUCACCAGAGCCCCCUACCUGGCAAGGGUCCUACCUCACUAUCGCUCGAUCAGAUGACAAACAGCUGGCCAACUGUUCGCCAGAGAAGCCCAAAACCCGACACCCAGCUGCGUCUGCGUCUGCAUCGUCGAGAGACAGGCCCUCCCGAAAGAGCACGUCGGCCAUUCCCCGGGAGUGUCUGAGCACCGGUCAUAGUCUUGACGGCUGUUUAUCAGAACAAAAGAGAGUCCUGCCGCUCAGUACCACUGGUCCAGUCGUCACUUCUACUUGGUGGCAACUUGGAUCAUCAUCCUCGUACGCACCUUGGAGGACGAGGUGGGACGCUCUGUCAGGAGAUGCUCAUGGGACUAGCUGGGCUCGAUGGCGCGCACCACGAGACAGAAGAAUCGUGGCGCUGAGUAAAAUGCGCAAAGCUGCCAAUCGGCAAAGUGAAACAAGCAUCAGUAAUGGUAACUGA